CUCACUUCUGCUCUGUGUUGUUCCGUUGUUGAUCACCCGGAGUGCGUCUUUCUCGGCCUGCGACUUCUGGAGAGCGGAUCGCAGUUGGAGGAUCGCGGCCAGGAUGGCUCUGCGCUCUCUGCCGCUCCUGGUGUUGGUGGCGGUCGCUGUGCGAGAGAGCUGCCUCGGGGCCUCCUCACACUCUCUGAAGUAUUUCUUCUACUCCAUCUCGGAGCCCAGUCAGGAUCCGCCCCACUUUGUCUCUCUGGGAUAUGUGGACGGUCAGAUCUUUGUUCACUACGACAGCAACAGCCGGAGGAGGGAGCCUCGAGUCUCCUGGAUGAAGAAGGUGGGGAAGGAGGAUCCUCAAUACUGGGACAGAGAGACCCAGAGAGAAUAUGGCACUGAGGAGGCGUUCAGAGAAAGCCUGCAGACUCUGAGGCUUCGCUACAAUCAGAGCGAAGGCCUUCACACAUGGCAGUGGAUGUAUGGCUGUGAGCUCCAGGCUGAUGGGCGAAAAGGAGGGUUUAUGGAGUAUGGCUACGAAGGGAGGACCUUCCUCACCUUCGACAAGGAUACUCUCACCUGGGUGGCUCCCCAACCCCAAGCCGAGAUCACUCAGAGGAAAUGGGACAAUGUAGCACGAAAUAAUUACUUUAAGUUCUACCUGGAGGAAAUCUGCAUUGAGUGGCUGGAGAAGUACCUGUCCUACGGGAAGGAAACACUGCUGAGGACAGAGCCCCCAGAGGUGACCAUGAGCAGCAAGACGGAGGUAGAGGAUGAGAUGGAGACGCACGUCUGCUGCCUGCAUGGCUUCUACCCCAGGGAGAUCGAUGCCUCCUGGACGAGGGACGGGGAGGUCUGGCUGCCAGACACCUUCCAUGGGACUGUAACCCCCAACGCGGAUGGGACCUUCCAUGCCACUCUCAGUAUCCGGAUCGAUCCCAAAGAGAGGGGCCGCUAUCGAUGCCACGUGGAGCACGACAGCCUGCCGAAGCCUCUGGACAUGGCCCUGAAGGAACCAAAAUUCAAACUGGGGAUCAUCAUCAGCUGCGUUGUGGCUAGUCUUGCCCUGCUGGGUGUGAUUGUUGUUGGGAUCUAUGUAUUCUUCAAGAGAUGCCCUGGCUACAAAAAAGCACCAACAAGUGACAGCGGAUCCAUCAGAUCCAGGCUGGCAAGUGACAGCGGAUCCAGCGGAUCCAGCCAAGUAAGUGACACCGGAUCCAGCGUUCCAAUCCUGGGGAGCCCCCAGACUGCUUAGCAGCCCCCUGGCAGCACGAUGGACACUCCCAGCCUUAGGAGGGAGGAAAGAAUUGAGGAUCAACCUUCUUGUGAAUUAGGCCCUUCCAGCAUGUUGGUCCAGGAUAUAUUUGGUGUCUUUCAUUUUUGCUUUUAUUAUAGAAUCAGUAAUCUUUUUUUACUAUGAUUGAGGAAUGGAAGAGAAAAGAAUAUAUGUUACUAAUUGUGGAAUCAAAAGAUUUUAAAUGCUUUUGUAGAUCAUGGGUUUUAAUAAGUAUUUUGUAUAACCCUUCAUGGGCUUUUGCUAAUUGAUCUUAAUGGAUUGAGAUUAGAGGUUAGAGAUGAGGUUUCAGAGAUGGGUUUAUAGGGAAUGGGGUGAGGGAGAGGAUGAAGGGUUUCUUGGUUUAUUUUAAGAGAGAUUUAUAAGCUGUUAAUUUUCAUUAUACUUAUUGGGGAUAGAGGAGGGUAUUUCCUUUUUUUCCUUCUGUUAGUUUUAUAAGUUUAAAUGUUAUCUUCUAUGAAACUAUUACUAAAAGAAGAAGCCUGCAUCCUGAGAUGUUUGUCACUAAAAUCGUUCAUGCAUUUUAAUUGAUUAUUGCACAGUUAAUUGAACAUAUAUUUGAUCAUUCAAAGUUUGACAGAUAAUCAGUAUAACGAGUGAAACAUUCAGACUCUUGAUUUUUUUUUAAUAGAUUGUCAUUUAUGGACUUUCAUGCUUUAGAAAAAUGGAACAUGAGAUCCAUUGCACAUCUGGGCUGCUGGCUCCUUUAAUAAUUGCACUUAGAUUGUAAGUUUGUCAAAGUUGUUUGCUGAAAAUAAAUGGGUUUUUUUCCCCUCUUA